AUGCACGGAAGGCCAAUGCCUCGACUCAGUUCGGGUUUUGGCCUUAACUGUGGCAUCAAUCCAACUCAAGCAGCGAUGCACGGACUACAACUACCGAUGGCAACACACCCUGGUUCAAGAAGGAAACGUAGGGUGCUUUUUUCACAGACUCAAGUUUAUGCCCUAGAACAAAAGUUCCGCACAUCCAAGUAUUUGACAGCACCCGAACGCGAGGCAUUAGCUAGUUCCAUCGGUCUUUCUGCCACGCAGGUAAAAAUUUGGUUUCAAAAUCAUCGAUAUAAAUGCAAACGACAGGAAAAAGAACGAAAAAUGACUGAUGGGAGGACGACAAGAGAUGAUAGUCAAACGCCAGCCGCAUCAAGGACACCUACUCCUAUUGAUAAUUGUGGUACUGACAAGAAAACAAAUUUGUCGCUGUUAACGAAAGAUUGCAAAAAAGAUGAGAAUUCAAUUGGAUCGCCAGAUUCUCAUCCUGAACAUUUACUAAAUUUGAGUACCUUUCCUGAUGGAUUGCCCGAUCUCAAAAAUCAUAAUUUUUAUCAACAGGCGAUUUGCCAACAAAGUAAUAUGUAUCAACAAGGCGCUUUCUCUUUUCCGCCAUUUGGUACUCAGCCAUAUCCGCCAACGCAGAAUCCUUAUUAUCCAUAUUAUGGAAAAUAG